AUGAGGAGAAGCAGCUGCUUGCACCAAGUGAUCAUACUUUCUCUGGUACUCUCUACUUUGACACGUGUUACUUUUUCAGCACUUAUCAAAUCACGUAACCUAGCCAGCUGGCCUAAGCCCCCAUGCAGAAUGUACUACCCAACAGAUCCUGACUAUGAAGCAAACUGUCCAGAUGUGGUAGCAUUUGUUUGUGCUACAAAUGGCUUGACCUACAAGAAUGAGUGCUUCUUUUGUAUUGACCAGUGGGAAUUUGGUCGUCAUAUUGCUUUUGUCAAAUAUGGAAAGUGUGACUAG